AUGCUGCGCGACAACUCUUCGAACCUCCGAACCACCUUUCUCAUCAUCUUCCCCAACACACUGGGUGACCUUUCUUCCCCGACACACUGGAGGGCCGCUCUGAAGAACCACCGCGGUUCCGAAGACUCGACAACAUCGUCGACCUUGGCGAGCUCAUCGCCGGGCGUGAUGUGCGAACAACAAUCAUGCUUCAGAGCAUUCCCAAACAAGGACGGUCAACCUCCUUCGGCGCAGAUUGUUGGCGUCUCUCUUUCGGGAGGCCCGAUUGUCUGUUUCGACUCAGGUUGGCCGGAAUUGUUUGGUGACUUUGUUGCUAGACGCAGUGUCUACGGAGCUGAGAUGCUCCCUCGCACCACGGACUUUGGCGUCACCCCAGAGGAGGCUAAGGCUCUCCAUCAGAAGCAGAAAGCUUCCCAGAACGCUGCUGGCAUCUGGGAUGGCAGCGCUCCCAAGAACUAA